UCUCCAGUUCACCUCGCCCAGGCGCGGCAGUGCGGCACGCAGCCAAGCACGCAACAGCGCACGCUCCCUCUCUCCACUGCGGAGUGCGGAGUGCAGUGCUCGAGGCCCGCGCUCCCUACGCUUGCUUCUCGCCGCAGCAACGCAGUCACUCGCUGGCGGGGGGCGAAGCCCAGCACCACGCCUGGAGAGAGCGCAAGUCGCCGCGGAGCAGAAGCGGCGCGGCGGAGGAACCCUAGGAGACGAGACUCCCACGCGCGCCGCCGAGCAGCUCGGAUUCGGCCGGAUCUGCGCUCUCCUCGCCUUCCCCUGCGGCGCGGCGGCUGGGGGCUGGGUGCUGCCCUUGCCGACCGUCCGCGCAUUUUUGGCCCUGGGUUGGCGGUGGCCCGGCGGGUGUGUGGACCAAUUGGGCUCGAGAUUUGGCUUGUCCGCCGCACCGUGAGGGUGGAAUGCGGUAAUUGUGCUAAAUGGAUGAUGAUGUCAGUGUGAUAUCUUAGAAAGGAGGAGCAUAGGACCGUGUCCUUGGAGAGAUUACAAGUCUGCAUUGCAGCAUUACAAAGAUGCCAAUCUCACCUUCAAUGAGGAGAUCUCCAGCAAAGGAGAUUGCCCACAAGAGGGGCCAGAGUUUUGGGAGCAAACUGCCUGCUAAAUCAACGGAUGAUGAGCUCAUGUUGUUCAAUGAUAUGCAGAGAAGUGAGAGGGAGAACUUCUUACUGGAAUCAUCAGAUAUUUUCCAUGAGUCAUUCUCAAAGUUGAGCUAUUGUCCGGAUUUCAAGCUUGGUGUCAACAUUGCUGGACGAGUAGAAAGCCGUGAUCUACUUAAUGUGGACGGUGAUAAAACUGAUUAUGAUUGGUUGCUGACUCCUCCAGAGACACCACUUUUUCGUUCAUUGGAUAACGAGGAAGACCACCGCAUUGGUCUGGCUCCUAGAGGCAGGGCUCAGACUAAGCCGGUAUCAAUUUCAAGGUCAUCAACAAUGGAAAGUACUCAAAGAUCUAGAAGAAGCAGUGCAAGUCCAAAUAGGCUUAGCCCAUCACCACGCGCAAAUUGCGGUGCAGCAUUUGCAAGGACAAGGUCAUCAAAUUCACCUUCUCGAUGUAGCCCAUUACUUGCUCCACAACCAUCUGCAGCAUCACCAAGAUCUUUAACUCCUCCAGCUCGUAACACAUUAACACCUCCACGAAGGUCGCCGAGUCCUGUCUCGAGGAGGGUGAUUACCCCUUCAAGUGGCCUAACAUCGAAUGGAACUAGGGGAACCUCGCCUGUAAAAGAUAAUCGCAGGUCAUCUUUACCAAAACUUCAAAGUUGGCAGUUAAAUGAUCCUGGUUUCUCUUCCGAUGCACCUCCAAAUCUUCGCACGUCUCUGCCGGAUCGACCAUUAUCCCGUUCAAGGGGUGGAUCCCCUUCAUCUUUCAGUGGAUUGGACAUGGGUUCAAGAGGGAGCAGACGAUCAAUGUCUCCAACUCCAUCAAGAAGGGCCAGUUCAUCCCAUAGUAAUGAACGAGAUCGUUUCAGCUCAUGCAGCAAAGCUUCUGCAACAUCUUCUGGCGAUGAUGAUCUGGACUGUGUGCAAUCUGUUGCAGUUGGCUAUGCUGGUAGCUCAGCUGUAAAAAAUAGCCUGUCAGUGAUGACGACCAAAGCUAUAGCAUCAUCAAAGAAAGCAUCCAAGAGUUUCUCCCCUAAUUCCGCUCCAAAGCGAACCUUUGAUUCUGCUGUUUGGUUGAUGGAUCACCGCAAAGCUCCUCAAGAUAUGUUCAGGCCACUGUUAUCAAGCGUUCCCACCACCACUUUUGGUGCUGGAAAAGGAAGUAAUGUGCAUCGGCCAAUGCUCUCGCGCAAUUCCUCAGUCACAACCAGCAGUAACGUGCAUCAGCCAAUGCUCUCACGCGUUCCCACCACCUCUGAGCACGGAGCCACUUUUGGUCCUUUUAUGGAACCUGAUCAAGAACGGCAUUAUAUAUCUGGUGAAUUGGAAGCAACUGCUAGUUCUGGAAUUCAUGAAGACAUAUUUAUGUUUGAUAAAUUGGACGAGCAGAAUGAAGGGCCCAGUUGUCAGCAGCACAGUUUAUCAUCUAUUCCAAGUAGCCCAGAAGAAUCAUCAAUCACAGAACAAUAUGUAAAAAGCUGUAGAUGGGACCUUGAUAUGGAAAGAAGCAGAACAGCGAAUCAGAUUUCAAGUGAUGUUUUAGGUAGUACUGAGGCUGGCCAUGGUAAACUGGCUACAUGCGCUAGGUGUAGAAAGUUAUUCAAUGCGGUGAAUGUGGAUGUGGAUGGGUGUGAUUAUUGUGAAGAAUGUGCAUCAAGGGAUGGAACUUUUUCCACAAACCAUGAGACACACACUACAGAAACACCACAUCAGCAAGACUAUAAAGCUUGUAUUGCAGCCCCACAUUGUGCAGAAGAUAGCAGUGAGGCAUCUCUUGACCAUCAACCAGUGAUCAAUGAGCCUCCUGCUGAUUCUUCGCAACUGGUGGACACAACCGAGGAAACGUUGCUGGGGGAACGCUUGAAGAAUCUUGCAGAAAAUAAUAGGCCGCAUUUUAUUGAAGACUCUUCACUAGGACAUAACAAUGACAUUUCAUCGCAUCGAGUUAAUGUAGGUGGCUAUCAACCAGAAGAAUCAACACCUGUGGAGUAUGACCAUUUCAGGGACCAAAAUGGUAACCACAAUGAUGAAAUUUCCCGAUGUUUGCCAGAGAUAUGUUUCCAAGGUAGUGAGUUUAUGUCUGACAUAACAACCGGUGAUUGUCAUAAAUCAACUGGAUCGCCUAGCCAUAAGGUUAAUAAUGCCGAAGGAACAGGCAUAUCAGUAUUCCCACUGCAGAAGUCAAGCAGCAACAAAUGGCCUGUUGUGGAAGGAAGGCCCUUGGCUGCUACAAACAUUCUUUGUUCGGAACGUUAUUAUACGAGAGAUAAUGACAAUACGAUGAGGUAUAUCCUUGGACGUGAUAGUUCUUCGGCCACUUCUUCCAUUGAUGUAGGGUGUUCUAGGCAAUUAGACAUAAGCUUUGAGCGCCUUAAAAGUAAUCAGCAUGGUGAUGUUGAUAAGUCUCAAAUAGGCAGCAACGUGAGUCGUCAAAGCAUUGCUUCUGUAUCAGAUAUGUCAACCAGUGGUUCUUCAGUUUCAUUUUGCCCUCGGAGUGAUGUAAAUGUUGAUGCUUGUUGUCCAACAGAUAAUUCAGAAAAUGAUGUUUCAACUAUGAUUUCUAGAAGAGAAAAUGGAUCUUGUAAAGAUGCUCUGUCAAGUGCUAUAGAGUGCUGGUCUGUAGCACAAGCUAUUGCAAGCAACGAUAAUGAAGCUGUUGGAGAUGUAGUAAUUCGGAAUCAAGAAGCAGACAAGAUGGCUCAUGAUGAUGAUUUAUGUGCUAACAUGUCUGUAGACGCUGAUAGAAACUGCAUAAGAAGUCAAGAAGAAGAUGUUUCUGCUAUCACCAGCUAUCCAGUUGAGAUUCCUGAACAUCCUCAUGCAUGUGAGAGCAGUUGUGAUAGUCGUCAGGUGCAGUCUGAAGCAGUUUCGGCUUCCGAUGAGACAAACAUGUUUGAUGAUUGUUCUGUGUCUGCCAUCUCAGAUGAGGGUGUGCUGGUUUCUGCAACAGAGCCUAAAAUAGAGGAUCUUCCAAAUAAUGAAGGAUCAAGGAAACAAAUUCAGAGAAGUUUCACUUUAGAAGAGGCUACCGAUACAAUUCUCUUCUGUAGUUCCAUUGUUCAUGACCUGACAUAUAAGGCUGCAACAAUUGCAAUGGAGCAUGAGCAGGAAUCUGAACUUGCUGGUGCCCCUCGGCCAACAGUCAUGCAAAUAGGUAAAUCCAUUCGAAGGGAAGAUGGCUUGUUGAAGCUGCCUCACAGACAAACACCACAACCCAGGGUUCGAAAGAAAAAAAUAGAAAGUGAAACCAUCACAGAAAUAACGAAGACGGAAAUCAUUGCUAAAGAUCCUGUAGCUGUACAUUCUGCUUCUGAAGUUACAAAGGCAUCCGAUAGCAUGAAGCCUCCAAAGAUGGAAUCGAAGUGCAAUUGCACGAUUAUGUAACUUCUCCAGGAAAAUAUGACCAGGAGACUUCUGAUCUGAGUUGAAAUCCAUGUGUGGCGGUUUUAUUUCGCGAAAGUCAGUUCCGUGGUGUAAUUCUGGCUUCCCCUUUUUCCUCGAUGUUUGUUUCUGUGAAGUUUUGCUUGUCAUGUGGUGCAAUUUUAAUCUCCUCAAAGUUGUUACACUUCUAUUCUACACAAAAGAAAAGUGUGAAGUUUGGCUAAUACAAAUGUGCUGUUAGGAUCACAUGCAGCUGCUGUGUAGUGCUACUGUACGAUCCGGUUCCACGUGAAGAAACUGUAUUUUGGGCUCA